GGAUAACGCGUUUGGCAUGUAACCACCUCCAUCUCGACAAGCAACUCGCCGCUCUUGGAAAUUCCUUCUAUUUGAUUUCCCACAAACGGCGACGCAGCUGGGUAUGUCUGUCAUUUGAAGAAGAACAUUUUCUUUUUAACCGCGCGGAGGCUCUCAAGAGCAUAUAAUUUCUGUGGAGGUUUGAGUUUUAAUCAAAGGUCACAGCGUGAUUCUACUAAUAGCAUCGAAAUCGUACAUGUAGUCCGCCGCUGCUGUCCGUGCCAGACGGAUGAAGAACGGCUUUUGUCCUUAACGGCAAAGUAAAGGGGAUACUUUUAUUAACUUUCACGGUAAAAUACAAUCAGGGUUACCUGAUCAUCGACAACUGUCGUGCAAUGUAGGCACCAGUCCGGUGCUAGAACUGUGAAUAGGACUGCCCGAGUCAACAAGAUUCUGUUCCAGAAAACCUCACGUGUGUUUGGACGAAAAUACAUGUAAGCCGUUUGGGUUCUAGUCCAUGAUCUGGUGAAGGCAGACAUGAAGACGUGCUGCUGCUGCUGGGGCCUGAGGCAGGGGACGAUAGCCAGCGCUGUCUGGACAUUGGUAUUGGGCUGUUUGAACUCUUGCUAUGGAAUAUAUGCUCUGGUGGCAGAGUACCAAGAUGGCGUUACAAACCCUCAUGCCCAAAUGGACGGGAUCUACUCCAGUCCAGCCGUGCUAGUCAUGAACCUCGUGCUUUACCUUAUAUGGAUAGCCGUCUCCAUAGUUACUAUUAUAGCUGCUGUCAUGGCAAACCGUUUUUUGCUUCUCCCCUGGAUAUUGACGUCAUUCCUUUAUGUAAUCUACACCACAAUACUGAUCAUACUGAUUUGUGUGAAUGAGCCGUCCUCUCCCGUGGCAUGGAUGCUUUUUGUCACUUGUGUUAUAAUUAUGGCUGUGAACAUAUACGCGUUGACAUGUGUCGUUUCCUUCUACAUAGAACUUGGGAAGAAAAGUACAGCGUACCGACACACUAAGGUUCCUGUGACGUCAGAUCACGCUCAGUGACAAUCAAGUCCAGUCUUCGUUCCCUUACGCAAGUGACAUCUAUUGUAUAUUCCCAG